AUGACUGACGAUUCCCAGCCGGACCUGUCGGGUCCCUCUGUUGAAAGCCCCGAUGCACGUAUGAAGAUUCCAGGUUCCCGCAGAUUGCCGAAGAAGCGGACUAAAACCGGAUGUUUGACUUGUCGCAAACGCCGCAUUAAAUGUGGCGAGGAGAAGCCGAUAUGCAGCAAUUGCGUCAAAUCCAAGCGCAGUUGCGAGGGCUAUGCCCAACGGGUGGUCUUCAAGAACCCUCUAGGGAUCUUCGGAUCCCAUGGCCCACCUCAAGUCCAAGACCCGCAGAUGAUGCAACACCAGAUGCGCACACAUCUAUUCAAUGAUUACGGCCCUCUCCCCGCUCAGCAGGCUGCUGCUGCUGCUCAGCAUCCGAUGUUGGCGCCGCGGCCCAUCGACGCCGCGACAAUGGGCUAUCACAACUUCCCGCCAUCUGACUCCGCCUCAUCGGGUCCAUCCCAAACUAUCAAUGCAUCGCAGUUCUACUACCCGACGCCGCCGGUACAAGCACCUCAGGCUUGGUCAGCACAUCCAGAGGAACAAGAUGGACAGGGGCGAAUACCCUCGGCGGCCGUUAAUUACUCACAGGACCAGAUUUUCCAGACUCAAGCUGCUUCUGAUGAGGAAAGUUCUGAGUACAUGCAAAAAGAGCACAAGCAGGAGGCCAAUCCUCAAUACCCGCAACCAAUCACCGACGGGGCGAACAUCCCUGGCCAAGAAUAUGCCUCGGCAUCGAUGCUGCCAAGCACUGUCGAUAGUCUAAGGAAUAUGAAAAAUGAAAACAACUUAUAUUCCCAGACAACCCUUCCUUCUGGCCUCAUAUACCAUUAUCAGCAGCAACAUGAACAGUUCUCUCCGCAGUUUAAUCCAUCCACACAGUCCAUCCCCCAAACGCAAACUCAAUUUGUAUAUGUGGAGGACGAAGCGGAAGACUACUACGAUGUGGAGUCCGACGACGAUGUGGUGGAUCAGACCCAGGCGGAGGGCUUCAACCAGCUAAGCUUGAUCAUGGCCUCUGCAAACCACGACGACAGUCGGCUUCGCUCCUUCACUACCCACUUGAACGAGCCUAACGUUCUCGCUUCUUAUUACCCGUCCCUGGGAUCUUCUCCCCUCAACAACCCCAAGACAGCUCGCAUUUUCGCCCACUUCCUCCAUUCCACCGGCCCCUCUUUGUCAAUAUUUGAACGUCAUCCCAUGGACUCGUCGAUUGUUCUGGGAGACCUGGUUUCACCUGCACAACAAGGCCUCUGGACAUACACGCUUCCACUUAAAGCCCUGGAGCACCCAGCACUAAUGCAGGCCAUUCUAGCGGUCAGCAGUUUACAUAUUGCAUACCUGCAAGGUGCCCCCACCACGGUCUCUCUCAAGCACUAUCAUUUUGCAUUGAAGCGCAUCGGUCGUGCCGUUGGCCUCCCGCUCCGCCGCAAGCAAAUUGGAACCUUAGCAGCUACGGAACUUCUAGGUUACUACGAGGUCAUGUCUGCCGAUCACUCAAAAUGGAACAGCCAUGUCGCCGGUGCUGCUCAGCUAAUGAAAGAAAUUGACUUUGCCCGCACCACCCGAGAUCUUCGGGCUCACCGACGACGAGUCAAUGAGCAGCGACGCCAAAGUGGGUGGACUAACACCUCGAUGUAUUAUCCUGCCUUUGGUGACGACAUCAAUGAAGACGACCCUUUCGCCGAAAAAGAAGAUAGCGUUGACGGGGCUUUCAUUGGAUCACUCUUGGGCCGAGGGGUCAACUACGACCAGUUUGGUCUCGUCGAAGAUGGGCCGGCGCGUUCUCCCAAACGACACUUCUCGCGCAAGGAUAUUGAGAAUUUUCGAAUCCAGUGUGACCUGUACUGGUGGUACACCAAGCAAGAUGUGUUUAAUAGUCUGAUCAGUGGGAAUAAACUCUUCAUGCCCUACUAUCUACAAGGACAGUGUCCGCCGCGAGCAGGCAUCGGGCGAAUUGAUGCCGUUUACGGUUCAGCCGAUCAUCUCUGGCUGCUACUGGCUCGGUUGACCGAUUUUGGUUAUCGGGACCGUAAGCGAAAGCUGACAGCUAUUCGUGCAACUGGCACGGACUGGAGACCUGGUCCUGCGAUGUUUAAGUUCAUGGCUCGCUUCAGCAACGGUGACCCUAACAAAAGACCGGGACCCCCUGGGCCUCCGGCGUCUUCGCAGGGAGGUCCACCACACCAAGGCGCCGGGCCUCCACCUCAAGCUGGUCCUCAGAUGUACGGGAUGAUUCCACCCCAGGGACCGGCUCGUCUCCCAUCGGGAUUUGUAGACAACCGUCGCAAAAAGCAAGAGUCACCAGAGGCAGAGGAUCCGGGGGACUUUACAUAUACCGAAGCAGAGCAGGAAUGGGAGGAAAUUGUGGUCGCCAUGGAUACAUACGCCCAGGCACUAGGCCGAGAUUUCCAGCCUCUUCCAGCAGAUGUCACGACUGCCAUCCCAUCUCCAUUUGGACCAGCCAUCCAGUAUCGGACGCACACGAUUGCCGUUAUCUGGGCAUUCUACUAUACCGGCCGAAUUUUACUCAACCGACUUCAGCCCUCCAUGCCGCCGGCCAUGAUGGUAUCCGCCGGAGUGGCCGCAUCAACCACAGCAGAAUAUGCGCAGAUCAUUGGUAGAAUCGCCGCAGGCAUCUACUACCCGCAGCGCUACAACCUCAAGGCGGGCAGCCUCAGCCCAACACUCGGCUCAUCGCUAAUAGAGAUGACCCCACCAAUGUUCUUCGCCGGCGUGCAGUACGUUGAUCCUACACAGCGAGGCUGGACCAUCGCAAAGUUGCGAGAUAUCUCUCGCCUGACAGGCUGGAAAAGUUCCGACGCGGUCGCCGGUGGCUGUGAAAAAGCCUGGAUCGCCGCAGCCAAGAAUGGCCGUGGGCCACCAUAUGAGCGGAGCUUCAAGCCUGAUCGUGAACGUCCUGCGGAUAUCCUGACUCGAGUCGACCGGGCGCAGUCUAGCGACCGGCGAUGUGUCACUGUAACGGGGCCAGACCGAGCUUAUUUCGCAAUGGGGCUGCUGAGUUUGGAGGGUGACUUGCAAAACUUGGAGUUGUAG